UCAUCGAAAUGACCACAUUGGGGGCCAAACAAUCAGAUGCAAUCCUUAAUCCAACAGGAAUAUCAUUAAUAGCUACAAUGUUACAUAAAAACUUGCCCUUUAAACUGAGUUACAAUGUUGCUAUGAAAAGAAUCUGCUUUGUUACUGUGUAUCGCUAUGACAUACACCAGCCCUAUGCACCUUCACAGCCAAUGAGAAGUCAGGCAGGGCCCCUGUGUCCCCACCCCUCUGUGCUCCUUGUAAGAAGAGCUGGAGCCCUUGCAGCCCUCAGAGGCACUCAGAAGCUCAACAUGGCCAACAAGUUCCUAGUCGUGUGCCUGCCCAUCCUCAUCUGCCUGGUGGGGCUCAUUGGGAUCCUGUUGGUGUCCCUUCCGGCCAGAGAUGUGGGGGAGAAAACAAAGUUUAAGUAUGGAGUCGUGCUGGACGCGGGUUCCUCACACACAGCCCUGUUUGUGUACAAAUGGCCGGCGGAUAAAGAGAACGACACGGGCAUUGUGACUGAGCACAGCAUGUGUGAUGUGCAGGGUCCUGGGAUCUCAAGCUACUGGCAGGACCCCCCCAAAGCUGGAAAGAGCCUGGAGGAAUGUUUGAACCAAGCAGUGAGGGACAUUCCAGCUGAGAGGCACGUCAUGACUCCCAUCUACCUGGGAGCCACAGCCGGCAUGAGACUGCUCAAUUGGACCGACCAAGCUUCUUCUGACAAAGUCCUGGAUGCGGUCAGUGCCACCAUUAAAUCUUAUCCCUUCAACUUCCGAGGGGCCAAAAUCCUAUCGGGGCAAGAUGAAGGGGUAUUUGGCUGGGUCACAGCGAACUACCUGCUGGAGAAGUUCAUCAAGUAUAGUUGGAUAGGACAGUGGUUUCAGCCCCGUAAAGGGACAUUGGGAGCCAUGGAUUUGGGCGGAGCUUCUACCCAGAUCACCUUUGAAACCACUGAUAAAAUUGAGAAUUUUGAGGACGAGGUGAAUCUGCGGCUCUACGGGCAGUCGUACCGGGUCUAUACCCACAGCUUCCUCUGCUAUGGGCGCGACCAGGUGCUCAUGAGAAUCUAUUCCAAAGUAAUCAAGUCACAGGGAUACAAAGCAGCCAUGAAUAAUCCGUGUUGGCCAACUGGCUACACCGAGAAAAUCCUGCUGUCCAGUGUUUACGACUCGCCUUGCACAGCCAAUGAGAGGCCCAGUCAGUAUGACCCAGCAGCGCAGGUUAACAUGACGGGCACAGGGAAUGGCGCCGAGUGCAGAAAACAUGUGGAAUCCAUAUUCCAAUUCUCCAGCUGCAGCUUCUCUUCCUGCUCCUUCGACAAUGUUUUCCAGCCUAAAGUCACUGGGAAUUUCAUUGCCUUUUCGGCAUUCUUUUACACUGUGGACUUCAUGAGGACGGUGAUGAAGUUGCCGGUGAAUAGCAUCACUGAUCUGGACACCGCAACCAACACCAUCUGCAAUUCCACUUGGGAUGAGCUCAUGGCUAAGGCCCCCACCCUGCAGAAGCUGCUGAAUAGUUAUUGCCCCACGGCCAAUUUUGUCUACGAGAUCAUCAGCCGAGGCUACAAAUUCACUGAGGAUUCCUUCCCCAACAUCUCCUUCCAGAAGAAGGCUGGCGACACGUCCAUCGGUUGGGCACUUGGUUACAUGCUGAACCUCACUAACAUGAUCCCGGCUGAGCAGCCCUCCAUCUUGAAAGGCAUUGAGUACAACUCCUGGGUGGGGGUUAUCUUCCUCUUUCUCCUGGUCAUCCUGCUCUCCUUGGGGCUCCUCUGUACCUUCAUCCGGUUCAAGAAGGCUGGACAAUCCCUUUGAUUGAGGCCAACAAUGGAGAAUCUUAUUCUUAGGCCUCCGCGGCCAGUUUUAGGAAGGUGGAGGGAUCUAGUGAAAUGUAACCUACAACGUCUCAGGGAAAAUAUGUUUCUUUUUGGGAGAAGUGACCUCAGCUUCUAAAUUGUGGCUUCUUUUAGCCGUACAGGGUCUCAUUUUUACUUUUUUUUUUUCCUCUUGUUUUGGGGGGAUUUGUUUUUAUUUCCUCUCCCUGCCCCUUUGGGUGCACAAACCUGUGUAUUUCACUUGUAUUCCAUUACAAAACAUCAGGGGUUUUAGCUGCAGCUUAUCUAUAGUUUGUGGCCAUGUCCUACUGUGUCCAUAGAAGAGAUACUUUGCCACCAGCAGGUGAACAAUGGUAUUGCAAGUCCCAUUCUAGACUAACUAGUCCACUCUACAAUAUAUUCAGCUUCGGGAGCCACUCACCUGGGAAGCACUCCAUAUCCAUGAGAUCCAUACUCCGUAAGAUGAAACAUUCCUUGAAAUCAUAACUGGAUAUUUAUUUCAUAGGUCCAAUAUGUUUGCUUAGUAGGGAUCUUGGCCCCAAGCUGUAGCUAAAUCUCAACUGAACACAAUGAUUAGGAGGCCAAGAGGGUGGGAGUUGCAAUAUAAAACUGGCUCCAUAGAAAA